GAAGAGAGGCGGGACGCGGGGUGAUCACAGCUGGCUCUGGUGGGCGGGCAGGAGCUGGGGAGGAGGAGCAGGAGAGGCCCACAGGCUUCAUUUGGAGCGGGGCCUGGCUGUUGCUCAGGUGACCAGCUUUUGUCUCUGGGAGGGUGCUGCUUUCCCUGGCCACCCGGCGCGAUGAUCCAGAAUGUCGGAAAUCACCUGCGACGGGGGUUGGCCUCUGUGUUCUCCAGUCGCACAUCCCGGAAGUCAGCCUCACGUGCAGGGAACGACAGUGCCAUGGCAGACGGCGAAGGAUACCGGAACCCCACGGAAGUGCAGAUGAGCCAGCUGGUACUGCCCUGCCACACCAACCAACGCGGCGAGCUGAGUGUCGGGCAGCUGCUCAAGUGGAUUGACACCACAGCCUGCCUGUCCGCGGAGAGGCACGCUGGCUGCCCCUGUGUCACAGCUUCCAUGGAUGACAUCUAUUUUGAGCACACCAUUAGUGUUGGACAAGUGGGAAUUAUCAACGGCCAGGGUGAACGCGGGCCUGUUCAAGCCCAGGGCAUGGAGUGUGACCUUGGCUCAGGCCACCCUCAACUUCCCCUCCUGUCUGCCCUGACCCUGUCUGUGGCAUCUCUGAGAGUCUGCAAGCCAAGCCAAGGGCAAUGCCAGCUCUUUGAUGGACCCUCCCUGAAGAAGUCUCUCCAUGGGAGAUGGGAGACAAAUGACACCACCUUGGAUUUGGUGGAGCAUGGGCUGCCCUUGGGAAUGUUCUCACCUCCCCGCUUCCCUCCCUCACCCCAUCCCUGGUCAGAUCUGGAGAGCAGAGACUGCAGCCACAUGGUGCCGGCCGAGAAGACUCGUGUGGAGAGCGUGGAGCUGGUCCUGCCUCCCCAUGCCAAUCACCAGGGCAACACCUUUGGGGGCCAGAUCAUGGCCUGGAUGGAGAAUGUGGCCACCAUUGCAGCCAGUCGGCUCUGCCGUGCCCACCCUACGCUGAAGGCCAUUGAGAUGUUCCACUUCCGAGGCCCGUCCCAGGUCGGCGACCGUCUGGUGCUCAAAGCCAUCGUGAACAAUGCCUUCAAACAUAGCAUGGAGGUGGGCGUAUGUGUGGAGGCCUAUCGCCAGCAGGCUGAGACCCACCGGCGCCACAUCAACAGUGCCUUUAUGACCUUUGUGGUCCUGGACGCAGAUGACCAGCCCCAGCUGCUGCCUUGGAUUCGGCCCCAGCCCGGGGAUGGCGAGCGGCGGUACCGAGAGGCCAGUGCCAGAAAGAAGAUCCGCCUAGACAGGAAGUACAUUGUGUCCUGUAAGCAGACAGAGGUGCCCCUCUCCGUCCCCUGGGACCCUAGCAACCAGGUGUACCUGAGCUACAAUAACGUCUCCUCCCUGAGGAUGCUCGUGGCCAAGGACAACUGGGUGCUGUCCUCGGAGAUCAAUCAGGUCCGCCUGUACACUCUGGAGGAUGACAAGUUCCUCUCCUUCCACAUGGAGAUGGUCGUGCAUGUGGAUGCAGCCCAGGCCUUCCUGCUGCUCUCGGACCUGCGUCGGAGGCCAGAGUGGGACAAGCACUACCGGAGCGUGGAGCUAGUGCAGCAGGUGGAUGAGGACGAUGCCAUCUACCACGUCACCAGCCCUGCCCUUGGAGGUCACACAAAGCCACAGGACUUCGUGAUCCUGGCCUCGAGGCGGAAGCCUUGUGACAAUGGGGACCCCUAUGUCAUUGCGCUGAGGUCGGUCACGCUGCCCACACACCGAGAGACGCCAGAGUACAGACGCGGAGAGACCCUCUGCUCAGGCUUCUGCUUCUGGCGCGAGGGGGACCAGCUGACCAAGGUGUCCUACUACAACCAGGCUACCCCAGGUGUUCUCAACUAUGUGACUACCAAUGUGGCCGGCCUCUCCUCUGAGUUCUACACCACCUUCAAGGCUUGUGAGCAGUUUCUCUUGGACAACCGGAAUGAUCUGGCCCCCAGCCUCCAGACCCUCUAGAUGCCCUCAGUGGCCACAUCAUGCCCACUCCCACUCCAUCCUGCCCCCAAGGACUCACAUACAGUGCCUGGAGAAAGCCAAAGGCCUUUAUUUCUUCCUGCCUCCCCGUGGGAAGCCUCCGCCCUGGAGCCCGCUGGGCCACCACCCCGGGGUGCUCAGUUUCUGCCAACAUCGGCCAGCAAGUCCUUGCGGUGCCCCUGGGGCAGCCUGUAGUAGACUCGGGUCCUAUCCACAGCCCUGGCUGCCAGCAGCACUGUCCUCACAGAGGCAUAGUCGCCCCCCGCUGGGCUGUGCUCCACUGUGACGGUGGCCCGGGGGGAGGAUGCCAGCAGCCUGGCUAUGGCUCCAGCUGUGCUGUGACCCAGCAGUAUGGCCUGCAUCUGGAAGGACACAGGUUGCCAAAGCCCCUGGCACAGCUCUAGCAUAUCUGUGAGCAGAUGUUCUCUAUAGCCACUGCCCAGCACCUCCUCAGGCCAGCCUGGUGCCACAGUCACGUGGGGGAAGACCUCAGCCACAGCUGUAAGCAGCUCUCUGCCAGCCACAUGGCCAGGGACCGAAAAACUCCCGUGGGAGAUUUUGGCCCCAACCCACACAGGCCAAUGCAAGAGGCCAAGGCUGGAGAGGUGUGCCAGCAAGGCCAGGGACGGCCGGAGGGCUGCGGGCUCUGCUAUUUGCAAAUGGAUGCCCCAGUGUCCGGUUCGUGUGGCCAGCUGUUGCAGGCAGGACUCCAGCGUCAGGAUGCUGCCACUUGGAGCAUGAACAAUGGGCACGGGGUUUUCAGCCACAGUUCCCUCGAGGCCAGUGUUCAGCAGGAUCAUGCCUUCUGUGUCUGGAAGAGGCAGCAAGGGCAACAGGGUUUAGGAUUUGGGUUAUCAUAGGUUUUAGAGUCCCUUGUUAAAGGGGCAGUGGGAGUUAUGGAGUCAUCAAGGAUCUUGCCUCUCUGGAAUCUGUCAACCCAUUUUUGGGCUCCAGGUAGAUGGGUUGCUUUAUAAAUGUGCCUGGUGCGUGAGAAACUCUUGCUUCAGCUCUUGGCCUUUACCCAUGACUCAGUCUGGGGCCUGGUGCCGGCCUUGCCCAUAGCACUGUGGCUGAGGACUGGUCUGAAGGCCAGGAGCCCUGUGCUUUUGACAUCACUGUACUCCCUCUCCCUCUCCCGCAACCCUGCCCCACCUUGCAUCCAGGGUAUGGUGUAAAUAAACCCGUGUUGUCAUGGCAA